GGUAUUUGGAGGGGUUUGAGGGAAAGUUCAGGAACUUCCCGUGCAGUGUUAGCCUGUUCUUCCUCUAGACAAGUGGAACAUAGUGAUCUAAUCAAGCUGUAUCUUUCCUCAGAAAACUUGGUUAUACAGUGUUUUUUCUUAUCUGGAGUUAAAAUUAAUGAAAAUGCAGAAAAUACCUUAAAUCUGCUCAUGUCAAGAGGAGUCACUCCCAGUAUAACAAUUAAAAACAGCACUUAUGCUCGUGUCUUUCACUUUAAUUUGUCAAAGGAAAGAGAAGAGUCUACUUGGUCAAUUGAAAUUCCCAGAAAGUCAAUUACAGUUAAUGAAGAUAUUAAUCCAGUAGAAGAAUGGUUUGUAACUAUUACACUUCAAGAGGGAUUAGAAACUUACGUGACUGAAGGAACACUACUGGACCUUGUCCGAGAGCCUAUUCUUCAUUGGCAAAUUGGGAUAAGUGUGCACCCUUCUACCAUACGAAAAAUGGUUAAGCAUUUGUUAGGUCUCAAGAUUGCAAGAAAUCCAUGUGCUAAUGAUGUAGCAAUAAUUGGUAUGAUAAUUGAUGAAACGGUUGCCGGAUAUUUCUUUGGUGUGACUUAUUCUGGAUUUUGGGACAAUGAUGAAACUCUUUGGUAUGAUGUCACAAAUAGUAUCUGCAUUCUCCAGGAUGAUUACGAGUGCCAAAAAUCUAUGCUUGUGGACCUUAUCUUAACAAAUUAUCAUUUAGUGGUCCUUUCAACAAUGGGCCUUUUUAUAAGUUCAGAUAUUCGUUACCCAAAUGAUACUUUAAAGUUUGAAAGAAUGGAGUUUUGUGGUUAUAAUACGGACGAUUAUUAUAAAGCAAAACUGUGGUAUAAUGAAAUAUGUCUAGCUAACCAAGAAGAUUUUGAAGAUGAUUACAUUGCUAUCAUCUUUGAAAGAAGUAGGAGCAUGAGUCAGCCGACUAUUUGUUUCUAUAGUACUCCUCCAUUUUCUAAGUGGGAAAGUUGCGUCCCCCGUAAGAGAAAACAAAGGAAAAAAUAUGAUGCUCAUCUGUUGGCAUUUCUUAUUGACUAUGAAAUGGAAAAUGCCAUCUACCUUUUUGAAAAAAAGAAUAAUUCUUUUGCUGCUGCAAGGAAAUUCCUAAACAAGAGUCCGAAGACUGCUCUGAGAUUUCCAACUUUUUUUUUCCCUAGUGAUUUUCAUACUGUUAUUGGAAUGGCUUUCCAUCCUAGGACUCAUUUUUUGUAUGUUUUUGGAAAUCAGAUCUGGAUUUCAUAUGAUGGAGCUAACAGUUUUGAGAUAGUGGGAAAUUUUUUCGAUGAUGUCAUAAUUUCAAGCUACCAUAGUUUCCAUUCUGAAGAGAUUAUCUUUGUUUCUCGGACUUCAAAUUUAUAUUUUUCUAAGGCAGGGCUAAAAUUUUAUUCCAAAUUGGGUCAAAGCAAACUACCCAUUUUUGAGUUAUACUAUGACCAUGUGGGCUCUGAAGCUUUAGUUUCUAUGAACGAGACGACUAAGGAUUGUAUAGACAUUUAUUCUGUGUUUGAUAAUGAAGCAGUUUUAAAGAGUAAUGAAGAUACGGAACUUAAAACUGUAUUAGCUCCGCAGUACCUCACAACAUCUCAAAUGAUCUUUUUUGCAUACGUUCCCCAGAAUGCUUCUAUGGAAACUAGAAAGGAUCAAAUAUUUUAUCCCCACCACGUUGGCAGAAAACUCCAAUUAAACUCUUAUGGAAAUGCUGAUAUAAAGAAGAUUAUGUAUCAUGAGGACCUUGUAGGCUUUCCGAGCUCAGCAAUUGCAACUUUAUCAGAUCCUUUUGCACUUGUAUCGCAUUUGUCAAGUCCUAGUUUACUGAGUUCCAUUACCAUUUACGAUUAUAAAGACUCUUUAUUUUUAAUUGCUCUUCAUCCUGAGAAAUAUAAGCAUUCUUCUCAAUUUAAAAAUUCUGAUACUCACAAGACUGUGGUGAUUCCUGGUUAUAGCAGCUUCCUAAUUCUUGAGAUUUUGAAUGACACGAGUGUUUUAGCUCUUGCUACCAUGCCUGUUAAAGUACAUGUAGGUAUGACGUUUCAAAGCAAAUCUUGGUUCCUGUAUCACUUUGGGACUAUGAAUGAUUCCUCCAUGUGGUCCAUUACUACAUCCUCCUGUAAACAUGUAAUCAUACAUGAUGACGUCAACACAUCAAGCAACAUAGUGAAAUAUCUUGAUCUGGGGUCUGCCUUCAAGUUUAAAAUUAAGGUUCUCUCAGGCGUGCCACGCAAGAUUCGGGUGCAGUCGACACCAUUCCUAAAAAUAUUUGUUGGACAUGUGUUCUUGAUGGAUGUAACAACAUCUGCCUAUUGGGAUGAAACUGACAGUUAUGUAGUUGAAAUGGAAAUUGUAAAUAGAUAUCUCAACAAAGGUACCACUACAAUUUCAUUCAUAAUCUGGCAGGCAACAGCUGAUUGCCAUACGUCAGCAAUUGUCAUGACACUGAAGAGCAGCUGUAGUUAUUCUAAAUUUAUGAGGAUGUUACCCAAAUACAAACUAUCCUCAGAAGACUGGGAAAGUGGACAAUAUAGGGAUGAAAAUGGUUUCAACAUAAUCAAAACCUUGCCGAACAACUACAGGCCUCCAUCAGAAAUAGGAAAAGAUAUCCCAACCACUAAUAACUUUUACAAUGCAGAUCCUAGCAGACCCAAGUUAAGAAAUUACCAUCCCCAAUCAAAAAAAACGGGGAUAUAUAAGCAGUGUUUAAACAAGACCUCUAGAGAGGAUUGUAAUUGUACUACUGAACAGAAGAUGUCUCAAAAUGUAGCUUUCUCAGACUGCACAGAAAAGGUUGUUCGUUUUCCGUAUCCAGUUAACCAGUAUCCUCUCUUUUUGAAUAUCAAAGAUGAAGAUAACUUGAUCCCAAUGGAAGCUCCAUAUCUUGUUACUGUAUCUGAAGUGAAUAAGAGGACAAACUGGCAACUCAAUCAAAAAAUGACAGUUGAAACUGCAAAAAUGAGAGAGUACUUAGAAAAAUCCAUUUCUGAUACUGUGUAUAAUCCAAAGGAUCUCAACCUGAGCAUAACUGGUUCUGAGUUAUACCAUUUCAGAGUGAAAGUUAUUCCUGGAGUCACCUUUUGUGAAUUAUUUACUGAGUUUCAGAUUUAUGUUGAUAAUGCACCACUUCCAUUUCCAGGAAGACUGCUUAUUGCUUCUAUAGUGGCCGUAAUUUUAGGAGGAAUAAUUCUUGCAGUGUUUAUGAAGGAAUUAUUUGACAUCCAGAUAUGGCUGCUGCUUAAAAAUCUGGUAGUAAGAAAGAACAAAGUAGCUGAAUCAAGUUCCUCUUUUGAUGAAGAAGAUUAAAUGGAAUUAUACAUUAUGACACAAAUGAAAAAUAACAUGAAAACCACAGCAAUUUCUCCCCCCCGCCCCCGCUGUUCUUCAGUCUUUUCAAUAAUUUCCUAGAACAAGACUGGUUAAACAUACAAACCAAAUGAUAAUAAUACAGAGUUAGUAUUUCUUUUAGAAUUCAAUUAAUUGUUUCUAAGUAUGCUUUAAUGUUUGCUUUUAUAAAUUUAACUAUCCAACUAUUUUUUGUUAAUAUACAAUUGAAGAUUGUUAUGUAUUUGCUGUUCAUUUUUCUAUCCCCAUUAUUCAAUGACCUUUUUUGCCUCUGAAUAAAAAAAAAAGUGAAUUUCCCUAUACUAAAUACCAUUACUGUCAUUUACAUUUUUUUUGAAUUUCUAGUUGCAUGAUAUGUUUUAGGCUGACCUUGUAAUAAGCAUUUUUCUUGAGAGAAACAUAUUGAUGAGUUUUAUUUCUUAAUACAGUCUGUAACUUUUUUAAAUGUGAGAACUCAGACCAUUCAAAUUUGUUAAUAUAAACAACAAAAUUGAUUUUUACUGUUAUUUUCUUCUUCUUUUUUGUAAACUUGCAGGAGUAAAAUUUAUCUUCAUAUUUUAUAUUUUUA